AUGGAUACUAUCUUGGUCUUCAGCCUAAUCAUUGGAUCCUAUGAUGCCAACAAGAAAGAUGUCAGAGAUAGCAGUUGCCAAGUGGAACAGCUGCCUGGGCACUUCCCAAAGGAUGUACGAAGCAUCAGGGAUUUGCUAAUGCAAGAAACUCACACAGAAACCAAAACAUUCAUCCAAAAUCAGACUGUGGCUACCCUGCAGUGCUUUGGCUCUGGGAGCAAAGUGAAAAUCAACCGCGUGUAUUUGGUGAGAAAGUCAAAGGUCAAGCAUAUUCUUAAGAACCUGAAGAUCAUUGCUGUUCCCCACAGAAACAGCUCUGCCUCCUCAAGCUGUCAACUAACCCCUACAUUCGAGUUUCCAACAAGAUCUCUUCUAACAGGCAAAGCUUUUUUACCAGGAAUCUCCCAAUGUAAGUUCUAUCCAGAGAUGGGGGCUUCAUCAGAGACUUUUCCCACCUCUCCCAACUCCAUUACUCCUGGGAAUAAAAAAGAGAAAACUACCACUAUAGACAUAGAUGAGAACCUCAAGAAGAGGCAGAAAUGGAGUAUUGUGGUCAAAAUUGUAAUUGCUUUCAUCCUGCUGCUCACUGGAGUUGCCAUUAUAAUAUUCGUAAUUUUUGAAGUUCCGUGUCCUUGUCGAUGCGUAAGAGCCAGGAAGCUGUGCCAGCGCCAGUGGUGGUGGAGAAAGCAAAGGAAGGGAAGCCAGAAAUGUGGGACAGCUGAAUCCCAACCUGCCUCUCAGCCUGAGAAGGAAAGUGCUUUCUGUGUUGGACAAGAUGCUCCCUACACACCAAACCCGAAGGAAGCUACAAGGAUCACUUUUAUCCACGAGACAUACUUCUGA